AUGUCCUCGGAGUCAGAGGUCACGUACCCGGAUGUCCUCGGAGUCAGAGGUCAGACGUCAGAGGUCACGUACCCGGAUGUCCUCAGGGUCAGAGGUCACAUACCCGGAUGUCAUUGGGGUCACAGGUCAGAGGUCACGUACCCGGAUGUCCCCGGGGUCAGAGGUCACAUACCCGGAUAUCCUCAGGGUCAGAGGUCACGUACCCGGAUGUGCUCAGGGUCAGAGGUCACGUACCCGAAUGUCCUCUGGGUCACAUGUCAGAGGUCACGUACCCGGAUGUCCCCGGGGUCAGAGGUCACGUACCUGGAUGUCCUCGAGACGUCAGAGGUCACGUACCCGGAUGUCCUCUGGGUUAGAGGUCAGACGUCAGAGGUCAUGUACCCGGAUGUCCUUGGGGUCAGAGGUCAGCCGUCAGAGGUCAUGUACCCGGAUGUCCUCGGGGUUAGAAGUCAGACGUCAGAGGUCAUGUACCCGGAUGUCCUCGGGAGGUCACAUACCCGGAUAUCCUCAGGGUCAGAAGUCACGUACCCGGAUGUCCUCAGGGUCAGAGGUCACAUACCCGAAUGUCCUCUGGGUCACAUGUCAGAGGUCACGUACCCGGAUGUCCCCGGGGUCAGAGGGUCAGAGGUCACGUACCCGGAUGUCCUUGGGGUCAGAGGUCAGACGUCAGAGGUCACGUACCCGGAUGUCCUCUGGGUUAGAGGUCAGACGUCAGAGGUCAUGUACCCGGAUGUCCUUGGGGUCAGAGGUCAGACGUCAGAGGUCAUGUACCCGGAUGGCCUCGGGGUUAGAAGUCAGACGUCAGAGGUCAUGUACCCGGAUGUCCUCGGGGUCAGAGGUCACGUACCCGGAUGUCCCCGGGGUCAGAGGUCACGUACCUUGAUUUCCUUGGGGUCAGAGGUCACAUACCCGGAUAUCCUAAGGAGGUCACGUACCCGGAUGUCCCCGGGGUCAGAGGUCACGUACCUGGAUGUCCUCAAGGUUAUCCUCAGGGUCAGAGGGAUGUCCUUGGGGUUAGAGGUCAGACGUCAGAGGUCACGUACCCGGAUGUCCUCUGGGUUAGAGGUCAGACGUCAGAGGUCAUGUACCCGGAUGUCCUUGGGGUCAGAGGUCAGAGGUCAUGUACCCGGAUGUCCUCGGGGUUAG